GUGAAUCCCGGCCGAGGCUCGCAGGGCAGCUCUCGGGCCAGCACGGACCGGGCAGAGCAUCCGCCGGGGCCGCAGGCGGGGCCGGGGAGGAGCCGCCGCUGCCCCGGGGCCGCCGCCCGCUCUCGCCCGUCCCUCCCGCAUCGCCGGGGGCCGGGCCGGGCGCCAGGGGCGGUGCUGGCACCGGGAGAGAGCGAGCGAGCCGAGCCGAGCCGAGCCGAGCCGAGCCGAGCCGAGCCGAGCCAGCCCCGCGGGCGGGACGCAGCCCGCAGGAUGUCGGCGCUCCGCGUCUGCAUCAUCGGCUCGGGGAACUGGGGAUCAGCCAUAGCAAGAAUCAUUGGCAAAAAUGUCCAGAAGUCAAACAGAUUUGAUCCCACUGUCAAGAUGUGGGUAUUUGAAGAGAUGAUUAAUGGAAGAAAACUCUCAGAAAUCAUCAACCAGGAACAUGAAAAUGUUAAAUAUCUGCCUGGGUAUAAGAUACCCCACAAUGUGGUGGCUGUCCCAGACGUGGCUGAAGCAGCAAAGGGGGCAGAUAUUUUAGUGUUUGUUCUGCCACAUCAAUUUAUUGGACGAAUCUGUGGGCAGAUUGCAGGACAGAUAAAACCUGGGACAUUUGGGAUUUCCCUGAUCAAGGGGAUUGAUGAGGGUCCUGAUGGCCUGAAGCUCAUCUCUGACCUCAUUCGAGAGCAGCUGAAAAUAGAGAUCAGUGUGCUGAUGGGGGCCAACAUAGCCAAAGAAGUGGCUGAUGAGAAGUUCUGUGAAACCACCAUUGGAUGCAAAAACGAAACUCAAGGAGAAAUCUUUAAAGAAUUAAUGCAGACCCCCAAUUUCAGGAUUACUGUGGUGCUUGACUCUGAUACAGUGGAGCUUUGUGGAGCCUUAAAAAACAUCGUGGCGGUGGGCGCGGGGUUCUGCGAUGGACUGAGUUUCGGUGACAACACCAAGGCAGCAGUGAUACGCCUGGGCCUCAUGGAGAUGGUGGCCUUUGCCAAGAUGUUCUGCAAGGGACCAGUGUCAAUAGCCACCUUUUUGGAAAGCUGUGGGGUUGCUGAUCUCAUCACCACCUGCUACGGGGGACGCAACAGAAAAGUAGCAGAAGCCUUUGCUCGCACAGGAAAAUCCAUUGAGGAGCUGGAAAAAGAGAUGCUGAAUGGACAAAAGCUGCAAGGUCCUCAGACCUCAGCUGAAGUCUACAAAAUUCUGAAACAGAAGGAUAUGCUCCAUAAGUUUCCAUUAUUUACAACCAUCUACAAGAUCUGCUAUGAGGGUCGAUCAAUCCAAGAUUUCAUCAUGUGCCUGCAGAACCACCCAGAGCACAUGUAGACAUCCCUUCUCCUCACCUGGCUGAAUUCUCACCUUUCUGGGACUUCUGUCCACUCCACAGUAAUUGAAGUAGAGAAACAGGCUGUGUGACACUUGCUGCUAAAGCAGUAAAGAAUGUAUUUAAUUCCCCUUGUCCUGGGGGUAAAAACAUCUGCCUUUAAUUUCAACAUUAUACCUAAGGAAUAGGAAACAAAUGUAAAACUUAACAUAAUUUCAUUUGAGUUAGUAAUGUGGGUAUUUCCCUAUAAUUAUUUUCUUGUUGACUGAAAACAGUUCCCCUUGUAAUUUCUACAACAGAGCUAAAUAGCUCACAUAAAAUUCAAAGAACUCAUUCAAACAGAUAAAUCAUAGUUUAAAAAAAUCCAAGAGCAGUUAGAUGCAAUUGCAUGGGCAAAUGCUGGAUUUCUGUAAUUCCCCUCAAACAUAAAUAACAUUUUGUAUUUUGGGACAUUUAGGCCUUCCUUGAUUUAGUUUCCCAGUAGAAGCUUCUUUGGAAAAAUAGGUACAAUUACUGUGCUCAGACACACAAGAAUGUUCAUCAGAUCUAUAAAUAAAGCAGUUUGAAGGGUGGGGGAAAGGAGAAGGGAUGUGGGAAGGGGGUAUUGUUUGUUUCAAAUCUGGGACGCUAGGAAUCCUCAGUAGUAAUCUGACCUUGAUUAAAUUUACUGUAUUCAUUUAAACUACAGAAAAACCAUCUGGAAUAACCAAAGACAAUUUUGUUAGCAUCAGAUUUUCUCAGCAAGUCCUCAUCAUGAAUUUGAACCAGCUGAGAGGGGGGAAGUGGAGGUUGGCAGGGAGAUGUACCCAGGGCUCAGCUUGCAAGCUUGUGCAGUUGCUGAUAUUUUGAGGGGGCAACCAGUACCAGUGCCAAACCCUCUGUGAUACUUGACUUUUAUACCUGUAUGGAAAUGACCGCUAGAGACGCACAGAACUCCUGUACACUGGCAUUUCACACCAGGCUGCAUUUCAGGAAACUCCACUGGGCCUUUCCAGACAGCAGAGUAGUGUCCUGCUCAAGCAGCACAUCUUACACUCCAGGAGAAAGAUCUCCCAUCUGCUUCUGAGUUUUAAACUGGGUUCACAAACCCGGGGUUUUUAUUGUGCUACCAGUGGGGCGUAAAUUUUAGAAACAUUGAAGUUUUUAAACCUUACAGCUGUACUUGGGUAACUUUACUUACCUGAUAUUUUUCAGAGUUAAAAACAUCUACAAAAUGAACACUGGCACAUUUUAUAAGCUUUAAUCCCCUUUUGAAAUACUCCUAUUUUGAGAGAAGGCAAAAAAAAAAAAAAAAAAGGAAGAGUAACCUACUUUUGCUGUGCUUUAUCAGAUUUUCUGAAAUAGCAGAGAGGAAGGCAAGUUUUUUUAAAUGCUCGCUGUCAUAUUGCUUAGAGAAAAAAAAAUUAGCUAAUUAUAAAAUAAUUACAACUAAUUUUAGAGAAAUUAUAGGUCUUUCACAUUUACCAGAGUAAUAUAUAUCUAUAUAAAAAAUAAUGUAUUGUAAUUACAAAUAUAUUGUAAAAAUCUCAGUCUCACAGCUAGCAAAGCUAGCUCAGGUACCAAAACCAGUGGCUGCAGCAUCCCUGAUCCUCCUGAACAGCAGCAAGGGUAGCUCAGCUCCUCCUGCUCAGACUCCAGUCACAGCUAACAGCUUGGGGCUCUGCAGAGAAAUCAUGUGACCAAAUCCUUCACACAAAGCAGGGAAUUUAUGAUCUUCAAUUUGAAGUGGAAAAAUACUUACACCUUGCACAGUUUUGAAGUAUCAAAUACAUGAAGAUGGGAUAGAGAAUUCGGGAACUUCCUUCCUUCACCAUCAGGCUGAAUUUCUAAUAAGUCAUGUAUGAGCUAAUAAUAACAUAGAAUAUUUUACAUUCAAAGUGUAUCAAAUAACAGUUUAAUAAAGUGAUCAAUAUGCAGACUUUAUGUAAUUUCAUUUUUCAAUGUUCUCACAAAAUAAAUGAUGUUGUAAUAGUG